AUGUCCAGUUCAGACAGGCUCUGGGGAGAAGGGGACCUGCGGCAGCUGCUGAAGCUGUACCGCACAGAGAUCUCAAUGGCUGUGGACGACGUCUUCCCAUUGCUUCAUGGACUUGCCGAUCACGAUGUUGUCACAGAAGAAAUGUUCAAGGAAACGCUGAGUUUGAAGGAGCAAGAAGGCUGUCACAAGGCCUUUCAUGCCAUGCUGACUUGGUUGCUGAGCCAGGAUUCAGCCUCCAUCCAAGACUUCUGGAGGGUCCUCUUCAAAGAUUACAACUUGGAGAGAUACUCCAAGCUACAGCCCAUUCGAAGCAUCUUUCCAAAAGAUGUGGAUCUCAGCCGACAGCGCAGAGGGAGGAAACCACCCACCAGCCCCAAGAUGGCAGUGCAGCACAAACAUGGGAAGAGGAAAGCUCCAGAGGAAAGGGGCUCUCCACAACCAGCUCAGCCCUCAGUCAAAUGCAACUCAAAUCCUGCAACCCUGCCAAAGGCAAAAGCCAUAAAGAAACCAGAAAGUGUGGAAAUUCAGCGUUUUCCUCUCGGAAACGGCAUUCAGAGCAUGGCUGCCUCAGUCAAGAGAGCUGUCACUGUGGCAUCCAGUGAAAUACCAGUGACCUGUGGGGCUGUAGAAGGCAUACUCAUCAAACAGGUGUUUGAGUCAGGUGGCUCUAAGAAAUGUAUCAAAGUUGGAGGUGAGUUUUAUGCACCAACCAAAUGUGAAGACCCCGGGGGAAAGAACAAGACCCGAAGCCUGAAGCCUAGUGUACGAACCAAGGGAUCCCAAGGUCUCCAAUGUGUAUGGUGCCAAGCGAGACAAAUUGCUUUUACCUCUUCUAGCCCAUCCUCCAAUGGAGAGCUGAAAAUAACUUCACAGGGCCGGCUCCAGGUUCCUCCUGUUCACAUCAUGGAUCCACCCCUCCACCAGAAAAACGAUGAUGAAUGCGCAGUCUGCAGGGAUGGCGGGGAGCUGAUUUGCUGCGAUGGCUGCCCCAAAGCUUUCCAUCUGGCCUGCCUCAUGCCACCACUCACCGAAAUUCCAAGUGGAACGUGGAGAUGCCUCUCCUGCUCAGCGAGGCGGGUGAGGCAGGACGGACACCUGGAAGAGGAGCAGACCAGGGAGCCACCAUCUGAGAACCAGAAACUGACAGUGGGCGAAAAAUGUGGAGUCUGCAGGGGGGGAGGAGACACGAUCUACUGCACCCAGUGCUUCAAGGCCUUCCACUCGCACUGCCACUUCCCUGCACACACAGAUCAGCUCAGUGAAAUCCUGAUAUGCAACUCUUGCUCUGGCGGCCCUGGAAACAGCAGCGUGGAGGGAGCAGUGGCAUCAAGUAACCCUGCACUACGAACAGUGAAGGUGGUGGAAGAGUCUUCUGGGGGUGACCCAAUACUGAAUAAAGAGGAGUUGGACUCACUCCUAAGUGAGAGUUCAUUUGACGGGAUCCUGCAGUGGGCAUUCCAGAACAUGUCUCGGCCGCUGUCAGAUGCUCAAGGAUUAUUUUCUUAG